UGUUAUAUGAGUGAUAUAUGCUAAACAACUAAUUCCAUAACUGUGCAAGCAAGCAUAGUUAAACUGUAUUGUAAAUGUUUAUCAUGAUUUGUAGUUCUCUUUACUUUUGCAUUAGUAUAAAUCCAAAACAGUAAAAAAGAAAGAUAUAUUUUUCAGAGAGAACUCUCCCAUUUUGAGCAUAAGGUCAACUUUACUUUUUGAAGUAUCUGCAAUUAUUUUUCCAUUUUUGUGAAGGAAAUAACAGUUUGGAUUGUAGACACCAUUGUCUGCUACAAGAUCAUAAUAUCCUGUUAUAAUCUUGUUGCAGAGAACUCUGCAGAACCAUUAUGGUAUGACAGUACUUGUUUUCCAAAUGCUGUAAACUACCACAAGACAAAAAUACACAACAAAACAGGCUUCAACCACGUUGCUUGCACAAAAUUAUAGACGGAAGGAGUGAGAGUGAAAAUGUACAAGACACAGCUGCAACAGCUGUGCCAACAGAGAAGAUGGAGUUUGCCAAAAUACUCCGCCAUGAAUGAUGGUCCUCAACACAAGCCAAGCUAUAAGGCUUCUGUUCUUGUCAACGAUGCCACUUUUACUUCUUCUGAUACUUUCAAUUCAACCAAAGAAGCUCAAAACCAAGCUGCAAUGAGAGCUUUUCUCAACUUAUCUUCUCAUUCAUCUGGCUCUUCAACACCAACUGAGGAAGUUGGAGCUGCCAAACCUCAAGAGACUCCGGUUAUAAUGACCGAGACGGCUCGUUUGAUGAGCAAACAUCAGUUGCAAAACUAUGCUCGAAAGAACCAUCUCGAUCCACCUGUUUUUACAGUUAAGACUGAGGGGCUACCUCAUGACAUUCGCUAUAAGGCUACUGUUGUUAUUGGUGGGAAAUCAUUUGACAGCCAAACAUUUUUCAACACAAGAAAAGAGGCAGAACAGGCUGCUGCAAACGUUGCUUUGAUGGAAUUGCCAAUUUCAGUUGACUUGUUUCAGAAGGGUGAAUCCUGUCCACCCAAGAGUUUACUGCUUGAAUUAACACAGAGAGAAGGUUUUUCCAAACCAACAUAUAAAACUACUGAGUCUCGUUCUUCUAAUAUGCCAAGUUUUUUCUCAACUGUGGAAGUAGAGGGUGUUGAAUUUCACGGAAAGGCGUCUCGAUCCAAAAAACAGGCCGAACAUGAUGCUGCCAAGAUUGCUUACAUUGCCUUACAAGAGUAUGGACUUCAUAUGUAUGCUUCUUUUUCUUCCUCUACCAAAGAAAACAUGGCAAUACAAUCAACUCAUAAACUAGACAUUGUUAAAUCCAUGCAGAUCCCUAACUGUGAAGGUUUGUUUCUUUAUCUUCAUACAAAAACAUAUCUUAUCAAUGAACUUUUGGAUCAGGAGAUAUUACUAUGA